UGGUAUUGACUUUUUCCCUCUUGGUGGAAUACCCGCCGGGUGCGGUGGCGAACUGUCAUAUUCAAUUUUCAAAUAAAAGACGUAAAAAUGCAUUGCUGGUCUUAUUUCUUACUUUGUUUCGUAAGAAUUGCACUCACAUUACUACCGCAAACGGGCUAUAUUCAUCCUGAUGAAUAUUUUCAGUCGACUGAAAUACUUGCUGGUCGAGUAUUCAAGCUGGAAACUUACACACCAUGGGAAUUUAAUACCACCUUACCCAUCAGAAGCAUGUUUUUACCACUGCUGACUAUCGGAGGCCCUUAUUCAUUAAUGCAACUUGCUAAAGACUGGUGGAGCUUUGAUGUUUUGCAGCCCUAUUUGCUAGUGACCAUUCCCAGGAUUGUGAUGACUGCCCUGUCCUUUCUCUCAGACAUGUUCAUCUACAAGAUUUGCGUAAACAACAACACUAGACCCUGGUCCACUCUCAAGAUCUGGGCAAGUUCCCAUGUGACUUUGGUGUUUCUUUCUCGGACGUUCUCCAACUCCCUUGAGCUGGUGCUGUUCUCUGCUCUCCUCUACUUUGUCUCUGCCUCCAUGAAACUGACUGACAGAUACAUCAGAAGAGAAAUCGAGCUGGAAGAUCAAUACAAGAAGGCUGCCAAUGCUGUGGAGAGAGUCAACAUUGUCAAAAUGCAGAGGAAGAUUCCUCUGCACAAGUACAAUCACAGCUUCUGGAUCGGUGCUCUGUUUGCUCUAGGAGUGUUCAACAGACCCACCUUCAUGUUGUACGCCUUGGUGCCCAUGUUCUUUUGGAUGCAAAGGGGUAUGUUCUUGAGGAAAGUGGGCCUAAACGAUUUCCACGAUCGCAUGUCCAGUUUAUUGCCCACCUUCAUCGUAAUGGCUAUCGUGAUUGUCGCCUCGGACACCUUGUUCUAUCGAGGAUGGACUUUGAUGACUGUAGGUGAAGUGGUGAUGACUCCCUUGAACUUUAUCGCUUACAACAUGGAUCAGAGCAACUUGGCGAGACACGGCCUUCACCCCUGGUACCUCCACUCUGCCGUCAACAUCCCCAUGUUGUUCAACGUUCUAGGAUUGGGAGGAUUGUACUUGGUGUCUCGAGCUCUUGUCGUCGUCGUCAUUUCACCCUGGACUUCCAAACCUAACUUGUUUGAUUUCAACGGAUUGCUCAUUUUCUCCUUUGCAGUUCCACUGGCGACUUUAUCCUUGACUCCGCACCAAGAACCCAGAUUCCUCUUGCCUCUUCUGGUUCCUUUAGUUCUACUCCUCGGUCCGUUUCUCCUGAGGCGGCAGGGUCUUUCUGCCAAAGCCUUGCGCUCCUUUUGGUACGCCGGAAACGUCGUCUGUGUUCUCUUUUUCGGAUUCUUCCAUCAGGGGGGAAUUUACGAGACGCAGCACUGGCUGCAUCGGCACAUUCACCACGAACGGGCCAGAGGAACGCACACCCAUCUGCUCUACUUCCACACGUACAUGCCUCCAAUGUCUUUGCUGGCCCUGCCGCAUCGGGCAUCGAUCGUUAAUCACAUCAACGGCACUCGAUACCAGCGAGGACGGACAGUGUUUUUCGAAGACCUUGGCAGUUCGUCCCAGAUGGAUGAGCUUCGCCAGCGAUGCGUCCGAUUGGUGGCCGAUGCCCAGUCAAAGUAUCAAAGCACAAAAUUGAUGACUGAAAUUUUCGUUGUCUUCCCGGCCACGCUAUCGUUCCAAAUGGAUCGACUUUUGAUGCCGUUGCCAACGCUUCGAUGGAAGCACGCCCACAAGAGCUAUCCGCACCUUUCCAUGGAGGAUCCGCCCGAUUUUGGUGAUUUAUGCGCAAAGAAUUCAACGAGUGCACUGACAGAUAUUCAAUGCAAUUCCUUUUUACCUUGGCUAACUAAAAAGUGUAAUCAAAUGGCUCUAGUCGUCUACCAGUUGCAGUUCCCUCACAGGUGACCCCAGCAAUCGAUUUAAUCAAUGCGUUUCCAUUUAUAUAUCUGCAUCUUUGAAUUAAUUAAGAAAAAUAAAAACCUGAGACGAUCUCAUUUAAAA